AUGGCUCUCUUGCUCAAUGAGCCUGGGUUUGGGAGUGUCAUGGCGGCUUCCUGUCGGCAUUUCCAGAACUGCGGUCCUCCAAAAAUCGUGGCUAUCGCCAGCCCGAGCCCUCUUUCUCCAGUCCCCGUGCCCACCCAGAACGCCGCCCAGAACACGGCGGUUCCAAGACUCGAGGACCACGCAGCGACUGUUAGCGAAUCGGCUCAUUCCGAGAUGCCGCUACCUGCUCCUCCUAAUCCCGUCACAAUGGACCCAGCCGCGGCGCCCAGCGGGUUUUCCGACACAAUAGUAGUGGGCGGAGAUUACUCGGGCGAGUCUCACGACGAGUCCGACGAGAGUAUCGACUACGGCGAGGGCGAGGAGGGGCAAAAACAGGGGGGAGAGGAACCAGAUACGGCCAACGAUGACUAUGCCAAAACAUUUGAUUCGCCAGCAGCUCAUGAGGAUCAAGAUGGGGGUGAGGAGGCCCAGCCAGAUGUAUCAAUGGCCUCGAUAUCCAUGAAUAGUGCGGCUACGCCUGACCCUGCAGCUGUCCCUUCUGAUCACCCUCCCACCCCUCCGCCGGCCUUGCCCCAUACCAACGGUGAGGUUCAAGCUCCAGAGACUGCCCUGCCGUCCGAGCAAACCAACGGCUCCGACCAUCCCCCCGAGCUCCCGCCUGCCGCGGCGAGCACCAUCCCAUCAUCCGCGGCGCCUGCCGCAACCUCUGCCACCGAACCUGCUGAGACGCAAACCCCAGCUACCCCAGCCUCCAAUGGGGCUCCGGCUAGCGCCGCCCCGGCGGCUCCUGCGUCGGCAAAUGAAGAUGAUGCCUCUGUUGACAUCCAAAAGCUGGUAGACGACAUUACUGCUAGAGCCGCCGCCACAGACUCGCCCUCUAACCCUCCAGUGCAAACCAGCCCCGUCACCUCUCAAGCUCCUCCGGUUUCCUUGCCCACAUCUCAUCCCCCUUCCCUCCCUCCCAAGCCUUCUCUCCCCAAUCUACCAGCCGGCUUGCCCGCCAUCCCACCGGCGCACUACUCGUUCCAACCCCGGGGCCACAAUGCGCCCGCUGCCCCGGCAGUUCCGAUGUCCCUCACCAACUCCGUCACAUCGCAUAGUGCGUACGUUGCAAAUGAAGGUCUCGCUUCCUUACCCGCGCCACCGCCGGGUGUUUUCGGCGCGACAUCUCAUUCCCAUGUCCAUCACAUGUCCCAUGCCGGAGAUCCUUCUUCCGGGAAUUACCAUGGCUCGUCCACCAAACAGCUCUGGGAGCAGUUCCAGGCCGAUGAGAAACGAUACACAUCAGAGGCCAGGUGGGAGAGAUUUCCGGAGGGCUCUCGUAUUUUUAUUGGCAAUCUGUCUAGCGAACGAGUUUCGAAACGCGAAGUAUUCGACGUAUUCCACAGAUUCGGCCGGCUGGCGCAGAUUUCCCUCAAGAGCGCCUAUGGCUUCGUCCAGUACCACACCAUCGCUGAAGGCAACGCCGCCAUGCAAGGCGCCCAGGGCAUCGAGCUCGGUGGCCGGAAGAUUCAUCUUGAGAUCUCACGCGCGCAAAAGAAAAAGGACGACCGAGAUAGGUCUCCGGACCGCCGAGGCCCGCGGGGCUCUCAGGCGAACGAGCGGUUCGACAACGGCGAUCGUAGUUGGAAACGAGACGACUACCGGCCGGUGCGUUCCCCCUCUCCGCGCCGGAAUGACCCCCGCGGCGGCCGAGACGGCCACUACCCCCGAGACCGUGGAUUCGACAGCCACCAACGCCGCCGAUCUCGUUCGCCCGCGCGCUUCAGCCGCUACGGUGGUGACGACUCAUACCGGCGUCGGAGCCCCAGCCCGCACCGCAGAGCCCCCUCUGACGGCGACCGGUUCGACUUGCCUCGCCGGUUUGGGGCCGAUGUUCCCGACGUGCAGAUCCUCCUUCUCCAAGAGGUCUCGAGAGAGUUCGUCGGCUGGGUCCAGGGAGCCUUCCAUAACAAGGGUCUAAAGACCGAUGUUAUGUAUCUCAAUCCUCGAUUCCCUCGAGAGACGGUGCUGCAGCGCCAAGUUGUCGAAGGGGUGUAUGCCAUCGUCGAUCUUGAUUACGGCGCGCAAACCAAGGGCAAGAUCCCCGUCCAGGUAUUCAUCCGAUCUGGAGGCAGCAGCGUCCGCUUCGAACUGUACCAGGACGUGGAUCCCCCAAUCGCGGCCGAGCUUGUCGCGAGGGAGAAAUCCCAGUCGGCAGCACACCUCGCGCAACCCCAGGCGUCUUACGCGCCUACGUCACUCCAGAACCCUCAAGCGGGUGCAGCCCAGACGUACCCCGGCGUCCCGGUUGCCAGCGCACCGCAGGCCGCCCAGAUCGACAUGAAUGCCCUUCUCGGCAAUCUCCGGAAUGCCGCGGCAGCGCAGCCUGCGUCACCGACCUACGGGGCCGCCCCCACUUAUGGUGUGUCCGUGGGCGCUGCUCCCAACGGUUACGGCGGCAUGGACCCGGCUCAACAGGUUCAAACGAUUAUGGAUCAGCUGAAGCGUGCCGCCCACUAA